GGGCCAGGGAGGACGCGGAGUGCGGGGGAAAGCACGGGACUUGCAGUCCGAAGACUUGGUUUCAAGGCCGCUUUCCAGCUGUGUGGUUUUGAUGACAUCAUUGAAUCUGUCUCCCAAGUGGGGCUCUCACUCUCGCGUUCGGGGUUUUCGUGAGGGUCCAGUGAGUUGCUGUAGAUGAACGUAGCCUAUAAGUUGUUAAGCACGCUGCUGCCGUUGUUGGAAAGUUGUGCCUUUCCGCCUAGUGUAGAGUCUGGCUGUUUCCCUCUCCCCAUCCGAUCUUGUGUAACGCCCGAUGACCCUGUCCAUCACACCGUGCCAGUUAGUCCCAUCCUGCAGCCUGCACUUACCCCCCCGCCCCCGCCCCCAGGGCGCGCGGGGGAGGCUCUCUUGUCCUCAGCACUGAUCUGCUAAGUUCCCCUGGUUAAGUGCAACCUCGGUUGUGGCCAGGGCACCUCAAUCAGGAAGUGAUGGAAACAGAUGGGCUGCAUGGAUGGCACCGAGGGAAGCAGACCUACAGUAGAUGCCUGGGUUUGGGAGUCAAGGAGCUCUGCUGGCUCCUUCACGGGGUGACUUAGGGCACCCUCUCUGCCCCCUCUAAACUAGUGGUGACACUGGUGGCCAUCAGGAUCAGGUCAGAUGACGUGUGUGUAUCGUUGAGGAUUCAGCCAGAUGAUGAAAGCUACGUGCUGAGCUUAGUGCCUGGCACACAUGUGGCUGUAAGAACUGUGGGCGAGCCUUCUGUUCCAGCUGCCUUCGCUUCAGCGCAGUGGUACCUCGUGCUGGGAAUAUGCAACAGAAAGUCUGCAAGCAGUGCCAUGAGGCCCUCACCAGUGGGUCUUCUCCUGCCAAUGCUUCCAAGUGGUCACCACCUCAAAACUAUAAGAAGCGCGUGGCAGCCCUGGGAGCCAAGCAGGAGUCCAGCACCCUCCGGAGCCAAGGACUCACCCAGCAAGACCAGGUCAUCGCUGAGCGCCUGGCCCGACUCCGCCAGGAGAACAAGCCUAAGUCGGUGCCCUCGCAAGCUGAGAUAGAGGCACGGCUGGCCGCGCUCAAGGAUGAACCCCAGGGCUCCAUCCCUUCCACCCAGGAGAUGGAGACACGGCUUGCUCUACUGCAAGGCAGAGCUCCACCUUCUCAGACCCCCAAGCCGGCACAUCAGGGCCCAGACAUCAGGACACAGGCCCAGCAGACACAGGACCUGCUAACGCAGCUGGCAGCUGAGGUGGCUAUUGAUGAGCGCUGGGAGCGAGACAGCCCAGCUGCCUGUCCCCAAAAUGACCUCAACCAGGGUGGCCCAGGGAGCCAGAGCACUCGUCCCCAGCGGCAGGCCAGCUCAUCCCUGGACGAGGAGAAGAGCAGGCUGCUGGCCGAGGCAGCCGUGGAGCUACGGGAGGAGAACACGAGGCAGGAGCGGAUCCUGGCCCUUGCCAAGCGGCUGGCUGUGCUGCGGGGACAGGACCCGGAGAGAGUGACCCUACAGGACUACCGCCUUCCAGACAGCGACGACGAUGAGGAUGAGGAGACAGCCAUCCAGAGGGUCCUGCAGCAGCUCACUGAGGAAGCGGCCCUGGAUGAGGCAAGUGGCUUCAACAUCCCCGCACGGCCGGCUCCCCGACCCCGGGCCCAGGCCUGUAGGGCAGAGCCUGAGGCGCAGGCCAAGGCCACCACGCCUGAGGCUGAGGACGAGGAGCUUCCCUGGUGCUGCAUCUGCAACGAGGAUGCCACCCUGCGCUGCUCAGGCUGCGACGGAGACCUCUACUGUGCCCGCUGCUUCCGGGAGGGCCAUGAUGCCUUUGAGCUAAAAGAGCACCAGACAUCUGCCUACCGGCCCCCGCACAGGGGCCGAGUGCACUGAGGACACCCGGGCCUCCUGGGAAAGCAGAACUACAGGCUGCCACACCCACCUCCGGGCCCGGCCUCGGGGCGUCCAUGGCAAGAGCGGCAUGAAGGCCACAGCCCUCCCUGAGCCUCCCAGCCCCUGGAAGCAUGUAGGUUCUCCAUCAGAGACAGCGACUGGAGGAGCGGAAGGGAGGCGAAGGCCAGACUGGAAGUGAAAGGCCCAACAGGGAAAGAUCAGAUCUCAGGAGCAGCCCUGGAACCUGGCUCCAGGGCCCCAGGGCCAGCCGCUGGCAUCUAGUGGCUCUAAUAAAGUGUGUUGAUUCAUUGCA